AUGGACGGCCCGCGUAAACGCGUAAACAAGUAUGGCAGGAUGGGAAGAAAAGCGCUGAUACAUGACCUGUUCGACAACGCGUCGCAUCCUGACCCGCUCUGUACAACACUCCAACCCUCACCGGCUGAUUCACUUGCGCCAUCCCGGGACAAGACUCCCGUCAGCGACAUUUCCGAGGACCCCGACGUUUCCAUGCAGUUGAACAAUGAACUGCUGGCCGAAUGGGAUGCCAAUAGGCCAAGGCUCAAAUCACCUGCACGAAAACUUCUCCCAGAACCAAUGUCAACAACGGAAUCCUUAUUUGAUAUUGAGUCCUCAGAAGAAGAGCACACGAAAACGAAGCCUAUACUAAAGACUUACAAAAGAAGGAAGAUUACACCAACCGGCUCUGAUGUGGAAGAGAGGGGGGCCAAGCGUGAUUCAACCGAGAUCACGCAGCAGGCGACUCGGGGCAUUGUGGCAGCCGAUGCUGCACGGUUGUCCCAUGGCCUCGUGGCCAACAAUUCAAGCAAGGGUGAGAACACUCUCGAGCCCAAGUCCAAGAUGCUUAGAAAGAAACAUGACAGCGGAAUGGCCACACUGGCUUCCAGCCAGUCACUACAAAUAAGUCGUAAGCCGAAACCCAAAGUUGUGUCUCGAGCCUCUACUCCCCCUCCACGAACACCAACGGACGUUGGCUCUCCCGCUUCGGAUAUCUCAGCAUCAUCUAUGGCCACCACACGUAGCGCGUCAAAGCGCAAGCGGGAAGCACUAGAUGGCCCGGCCAGCGACGUCUCCAGCCCUAGUCAGCUCGAGCUCACAUCCCUUCGUCUGACACCACAGCGACACGGUGAUAUCGUGCCAAGAUCAAAUCAUGUUGAACAGGACAAUGCUUCGAUUCAUGGUCCUCCCAGGAUACGACGGCGUCUCAUCGAUCGGCUCGAGGGCGCAAAGUCACACCAAAGUGACGAUGAUGGCACUCAGAUGAGAGGCUCGCCGGACGACUCUGCUGCUGCGAACGACCCCACUUCGAACAGGUCUCAUAGCAGAGGCAUGCACGAGAUAGCAGUGACGCCUCCGACGAUAAAGGAACAUGAGGCUAAUCAGCAUCCAAGCGAUACCGUGAAGCCACGAAAAUACGGCAAGCAAAGAUCCCAUCUACGAGACAUGGCUGGGGAGCUGGACAGUCAGCAGGCCAGCCAACAGUCAGUGGACGAGCUAGUGUCACAGAUAGAUGCAUUGACCAACUCGCAGCAGUCACAAUUGGACUUUGACAUGAGUGACGAUGACGACAGUGUCCAGCUCAAGAGUAUUCACGAAUUGAGGCAGGCAGGGGCUGUGAACCGCUACGAUCGAGAUCUGGACAGCUUACUGGAAGACAUUGCAUCGCCAACGAAAGCCGUUCGCAUUACGGGAUUGAUGCAGUUGGUUCGCAAGCUGAAAGAGCAAGCAUUCAAGAGGCAUCUCCUCGAUCAAGGAAAGGUAGCAAGGAUUACUGACUGCAUCCGUGCCGAGGUAGAUAUCAUUAGUGCCAGCAUCAUGUUGCUGGCAUUCUGGACGCUGGCUCAUUCCGAAGCAGCGACUGGACAGCUCCUAAAUCAACUCUAUCAAGGCAUUCUGCAGCUCCCGGCAAAUCUCUUACAGGAAGGUCGCCCAUUGUCCAAGAUUGCCAAGGACAGAGGCGAGAAUCUCUCCAGAGCGUUAAUCGGUGACUUGGCUGAGUUUGAGCAUCAUGUCCUAGAUCAGUCAGCAAGUGCGGGUCGACAGACGAGCCACAUCAUCAUCUCUCGAAUCGGGAUACGUGCAGUCGAGGUUAUGCUCCGCAAACUCAUCGCUUCGGGAGAUUCGGUACCUCCAACACCAGCACCAUGGUUAGAAGCAGCAAUGAAGACCAUUGCCUCACAUCAAGCCAGAAUGGGAAACGCCCCCAACGGGUUGGAAACGGAACAUACUGAGAGUAUUCGGCUACUCCUUGCAUGGCUCGAGCUGUCAGAGGCUUCGAAUGGAAGCAUUGGCAAGAAGUUAUCUCGAGCUCGAGUGGCCGAAUUUGGUCGGCAGCUAGGCGAACUUCUGUCGUGGGCUCGAAGUGGCAAUGCUGCCAUACAACAUUCGUGCUUGAAGUUGGUCAUCGAGCUUGGGAACCAGAAAGACUCUAUUACUGGGCUACUGGCAUCGGUUGGUCUCAGCGGAAGUGUUUUUGCAAUAGUAGAGGAACACUUUCCCCGAUUGGCGGAUCGAGCAGUGGCAGGAUCAUUCAAAGAUGAGGACGACGCUGAUUCGGACAAGCUCUCCUCGGUCAUUCUCGCCCUCGGUUGUCUGCUUGACUUUGUUGACAGUAGUGAGCAAGUCAGGGUCCAGAUGAUGGAAAGCCAGCCUGGCGAAGAUAGCCGCGUGGAUCGGCUCGUCACCUUCUUCAAACUUUACGUUGACGAGACGGAUGAGGCGAUCGACGAAUCGAAAACGGCGAUUUUGAUACCUUUUGGGUACAUAUCCCUGCUUCUAUGUACGCUCAGCCUGAACGCCAAUAUCCGGCAGCACAUCUCGGCUACUAUUGGAAGGAGCUUCGAGGACGUGAUGGAGCGGGCGGCGACAUUUUUGGAACGGAUGAGGAGCAUCAAUCCGGAUGCAGCAUUCGUUGAACGUUUUGUGGAGCGCUUCAACCUAACGAUCGAGUCGGUGAAGAGCAGGCGGUCAUGA